AUGGAUCUCUCCAAGAUCUUAAAUCCUCAAGGUGCCUCUUAUAUCCCUUCUCCAGACAAGCAGAUCUCUUGUACGCCCUCCGUCAGAUUGCCAGGUCCAGAGCCAAACAACGCGCAAUAUCCUUUCAUCCACGACAGCUCAGAGAUAUCAAACUAUCCAGGGUUGAUAUUUCAAACAAAGAACACUGCGACACUCCCAUCGCCAGUUACUCCAGAAGGCUUGAACGCGUUGAACAUUGCAAGACACGACGGUCGGCUUUUGCCGUCUCCCUCUCAGUCUCCAUUGUCACUAUCGACUGAGACCUAUCAGGUCCCAGCAUCAUUUGACCAGACAUACGCGCACACCAACAUGCCACAUCUCGAACCUAAAUGCGAGUUCUCCGAUGGGCCCUGUGUUACAGGCGGUGAAAACCUGCGCAAGGUCAUCUCACACAUCUUUGGUAGAAACAAGAACUGCACAAAGUUAUUCCCGCAGCAUGUAUGGAUUCACUACUGCCGCAAGCACUACCAACGUGCAAGGUACCGGGCUUCAGUCUGGCCCUUCACGCAGUGCGAUCUCCUCAUGGACUCCCUCGACAGAAUGGAAGCAUGGGGUGGAGUCGACAGCUUUGAACUCGUCCUCAGAAGACGUGAGACCCGUCGUACAAAGAUUGACAACGAUGGGGAGUCCAACGAGCAGAACAUUUCUUCAACUUCAGGGUUUCCGUCCCCUGAAGUCAGUUCACCAAACAGCGUUGUCAGCUUCUCUCAAGCAAGUGCUAUUCAGACUCAAGAGGGCGGCAAUACCACGAAUGAGAAUCUGUCCAAAAAGCCUCCGUACAUCCCUCCUUCCCCUGUUCCUGACUGGCUCCGCGAGGAAGUCGGUCCCAACAAGUCUUUCAACGACAUUCGCGACAUCGUGACGCGCCUCAGGGAAUAUAUGGCCAUGGUUCAGGCGAUGGACGAGAAGGUCAUGUUUCCUGAUAUCGAGAUCCUGCCAAGGUUCCGUCCUGGUUUGAUCAUCGCAGAGAAUGACCGUACCAUCGCUCCUAGAGACACCAUGAGAACUGGGGCUUCGCCUGUCCCUGUCUUUCAAGAACCAGGCAUACUCUCGCGUGUGAGCAGGAAAGGCGGGAUCCAGAAGUACGCAAGGCAGUGA